UCCAAACACACAACACCAUCAUUUGGUCCCUUUGAACAAGAAAAGAGAAAAGCUACUAAUUGUGACAGACAACAUUGGGAGCAGUACAACAUUACAUUAUUCUCCCCAUCAUUGCAACAAUCAUGGAACUCAUCAUCUUCUUCUUUCUUGCACUUGCUGCCUCCUUAGUACUACUUUCCUCACUCUUCCUCCUUAAAUUCCUGUCCUUCGCCAAACCCAAACUCCCACUUCCACCAGGCACCAUGGGCUGGCCUUAUAUUGGUGAAACCUUCCAACUCUACUCCCAAAACCCAAACACUUUCUUCUCCUCCAAAGUCAAGAAGUAUGGUUCCAUAUUCAAGACUCACAUAUUGGGAUGCCCUUGCGUCAUGACUUCCAGCCCUGAGGCUGCUAAGCUUGUCCUCGUCUCCAAAGCUCAUCUCUUCAAGCCCACAUUCCCUGCUAGCAAAGAGAGAAUGUUGGGCAAACAAGCCAUCUUCUUCCACCAAGGCGACUACCAUGCCAAGCUCAGGAAGCUUGUUCUUCGCGCCUUCAUGCCCGAAUCCAUCAAGAACAUCGUUUCCGACAUCGAAUCGUUGGCUGUUGGCUCCCUGGAAUCAUGGGAGGGAAAAUUGAUCACCACUUUCCAAGAAAUGAAAACGUACGCGUUCAAUGUGGCAUUACUGUCUAUAUUCGGGAAGGACGAGGUAUUGUACAGGGAAGAUCUCAAGAGGUGUUAUUACAUUCUCGAAAAGGGGUACAACUCGAUGCCAAUAAACCUGCCCGGAACGCUCUUCAACAAAGCCAUGAAAGCCAGGAAAGAACUAGCACAGAUCUUAGCUAAAAUUCUGUCACUCAGACGACAGAUGAAGAAGAACCAAACCGACUUGCUCGGGUCAUUCAUGGGGGAUGUCGAAGGCCUAACUGACGAACAAAUCGCAGACAACAUCAUCGGCGUCAUAUUCGCGGCCCGCGACACCACAGCUAGUGUACUGACAUGGAUUCUCAAGUACCUCGCCGAAAAUCCAACCGUCCUCAAAGCCGUCACGGAAGAACAGGAGAGUAUAAUGAAGUCGAAAGUAGAGGAGGGGCUGAAGUGGGAAGACACCAAGAAAAUGCCUAUUACAACAAGGGUUAUUCAAGAAACUCUGAGAGUUGCUUCUGUUCUUUCUUUUACAUUCAGGGAAGCUGUUGAGGAUGUCGAGUUUAACGGGUAUCUCAUUCCAAAAGGAUGGAAAGUAUUGCCUCUUUUCAGAAACAUUCACCACAGCCCAGAUAAUUUCCCUGACCCUGAGAAGUUUGAUCCUUCAAGGUUUGAGGUUGCUCCAAAGCCCAAUACAUUCAUGCCAUUCGGGAACGGGACGCAUUCAUGUCCAGGGAAUGAGUUGGCGAAGCUGGAGAUCCUGGUUCUUUUACACCAUCUGACCACAAAGUACAGGUGGUCUGUGAUGGGUCCACAAAAUGGUAUUCAGUACGCACCCUUUGCUCUUCCACAGAACGGCCUGCCCAUCAAUCUCUCCCUCAAAAGAUAGAAAAUUUCUUACAAACUCGCAAGACUGAUUUCUGGUGUAAGGGAAAAAGCCCAAGUGUACAUAAAGAGUUUCCAGUUAGAUGAGAGUGCAAAAGGACGUUGAAGCAUAUCUGAAGUUAGAAUUUUUGAUGCAUACUAAGAUGAGAAACUCAAGAAACAUACAAAUAGGACUCCUGUAAUAAAUAGUAUAUAUAGGUUGGUGAAAUUCUUUUUUUCUUUUUUUUGUCUACUUAAUUUUGUUGUUUUUUCCACCUGUACAAAGUCCGCAAGGCAACUAAUAACAAUCUCUUCCACGUGCCUAUA